GCCUCCAAUUUCAGGGGCUCCCUUCGCCCGCUUCCCCCCGGCCCCCAGAGACCUCGCAGCUGAGCAAGCGGCAAGGGGGGCAAGGGGAAAAAGAGAGGGGCGGAGGGGGGGUGGUGGACGACGAAGCCCCCCCCCCCCCAACCCACCCCCAUACCGGCUUGAGCAGAGCCCAGAAAGAGCGGGCGAAGUUUUGUCCCCCCUCCUGCCCCAGCCCCGGCUUCAAAGCGCCAGAGCAGGGCCCGGAGCCGCUCUCCCGGGUGGAAAAGCAUCGGGAAAGGGUUUUUUUUUCUCUCUCUCUCUCUUGAAAGAAAAACAAAACUUCCUUCUCCGAGGUGGUCCGGGGCGGCCGCGGGGAAGGAAUAUUUAUAACCGGGGCCGCGGCGUGGCGACGAGGCGCCCGGAGUUCCCGGCUCCCUCUUCGUCCCCCCCCCAGGACUUUCUCCUGCUGGAUUUCCAGGGGGGGGAGAGGAAAAAAAAAAAUCUUCAUCUGAUUCAUCAUCUUCGUCCGAAGAUUUGGGUUUGGAGGAGAUUUGGGUUUGGGAGCCGGGAGGCCACAGCGACCGGUGGCUCUCGGGGGGGGUGCUCCCCCCCUGCCCCCCGUCUCUUUGCAAGGCUUUUCCCUGGAUGUUCAGCGCUGGGGGAGACCCUCGUGGCCCCCGAAGAGUGGAGUUACCCCCAGGGUCGAGGAAGGGCUCAGACCGGCCCCGGCGCUUGGAGGCUCCCCCCUACCCCAGCACGGAUGCACGCCUGAGCCGGCCCACACGUGACGCAGCAUGUUCGACCCUGCCGCCCCCCCGGGGGGCAGCUACGCCGAGCACUGCUACCUGCGACCCCUGCACGGGCCUGGUGCCGCGCAAGGCCUGGGCGACUACCCGCUGUGCCCCCCCUGCCCACCCCCCAAUGGGCCGGGCCCAGGGCCGGGGCUGGGGGGGGAGCCGGGAGGCAGCUCAGAGGCCACGGGCAGUGCCCGGUUUGCGCCCCGGGGGGGGCCCAAGCUGAGCAAGAAGCGGGCGCUGUCCAUCUCGCCCCUGUCCGACGCCAGCCUGGACCUGCAAAGCGUGAUCCGCACCUCGCCCAGCUCCCUCGUGGCCUUCCUCAGCGCCCGCUGCCCCGCGCCUGCCGGCUCCUACGGCCACCUCUCCGUGGGCGCCAUCAGCCCAUCCCUCAGCUACCAGAGCCCCCUGGCAACCCCGAAGGGGCAGGGCCCCGCAUUCGGCCACCACCCCCCCAUGCCGCCCUGCAGCGCCCACGAGCACCUGCCCCCCCGCCCCGGGCUCCUGCACCCCCCCCUGCCCCGUGGAGCCCUCAAGCACUGCCAGCUGAAGGCUGAGCCCAGCAUGGGCAGCCCCCUGGACGCUCUGGGCCCUGCGUGCCUGGAAGACUGCACUGAGGGCGACAUCUCCAGCCCGGCCUCUACAGGCACGCAGGACCUGCUGCUGGGGCUGCUGGACCCCCGGGAGGAUCUGGAGAAGGAGGAGGGCCGGGCUGAGGCCGAGGCUGUGUAUGAGACCUGCUGCCGCUGGGAGGCCUGUGCCCGCGACUUCGACACCCAGGAGCAGCUCGUCCACCACAUCAAUAACGAGCACAUCCACGGGGAGAAGAAGGAGUUCGUGUGCCACUGGCUGGCCUGCUCACGGGAGCGCCGCCCCUUUAAGGCCCAGUACAUGCUUGUGGUGCACAUGCGGCGGCACACGGGAGAGAAGCCCCACAAAUGCACGUUUGAAGGCUGCCACAAGGCCUACUCACGCCUGGAGAACCUCAAGACCCACCUGCGCUCGCACACGGGCGAGAAGCCGUACGUGUGCGAGCACGAGGGCUGCAGCAAGGCCUUCUCCAACGCCUCCGACCGCGCCAAGCACCAGAACCGUACCCACUCCAAUGAGAAGCCAUACGUGUGCAAGCUGCCGGGCUGCACGAAGCGCUACACGGACCCCAGCUCCUUGCGCAAGCACGUCAAGACGGUGCACGGGCCCGAUGCCCAUGUCACCAAGAAGCACCGGGGGGACACAGGGCUGGGUCGGGCCGGGGUCCCCCUGGGACCACCCAUCGAGGCGCUGCCGGAGCGGGAUGGGGGUCGUCGCGAUGAGGCCAAGCUGCUGCUCCCAGACGCCACCCUGAAGCCGCAGCCCAGCCCUGGGGGGCAGUCGUCGUGCAGCAGUGAGCGGUCGCCACUGGGCACGGACAGCGGUGUGGAGAUGAAUGCACCGCCUGGGGGCAGCUGCGAGGACCUGUCGGCGCUGGACGAGGCAGUGCCAGAGCCCAUGGGCGCUUCAGGGCUGGCGGCGCUGCGCCGCCUGGAGAGCUUGCGCCUGGAUCAGCUGCGUCAACUACGCCGCCCCCCACCCACUCGCGCCCCCAUGCUGCCCGCACUGCCCGCACCCCCAGGGGAGAUGCCAGGGCUGUGUGGUGCCCUGCCUGGUGCCCCGCACCGCCGCCUCCUGGAGACGUCGGGCGAUGGAGCCAGCGAGCGCCGGGCCAGCACCACCAGCACGGUGAGCUCGGCCUACACCGUGAGCCGCCGGUCCUCGGCCGCCUCCCCCUUCCUGCGUCCAGGUGAAGCCGGGGGGGUCCCGAAUGGCGUCGACGCUUACGACCCUGUGUCCCCCGACGCCAGUGUCGAGGCCGGGGGACUGCCGGGGCUGACACCGGCCCAGCAGUACCGCCUCAAGGCCACCUACGCCGCGGCCACAGGUGGCCCCCCACCCACCCCGUUGCCAGGUGCGGGCCUGACGGGGCCUGGCGGCUUCCCUGGCACCUCUCUGCGGAGACACAGCACCAACGAGUACCCGGGCUAUGGCCUGGCGCCCGGCACUGGGCCCCGCCGGGCCAGUGACCCCGCCCAGGCGCCCGGGCAGCUGCCCCCUGCCACCGCCCGUGUGCCACGGUACCGGAGCGCGGGCGCUGUCCGGGCCCCCGAUGCCAGCCUGGCGCCCCCUGGCUUCGCCCCCUGUGCACCACGCAUCAGCGAGCAAGUCUUCCUGGAGAGCCUGGGCAUGGAGGGGCUGCUGGAUGCAGAGCCCUUCCUGGGCUACCCUGAGCAAGGCUUCCCCUGCUCGGCUCAGGGCCCAGCGCUGCCGGGUGAGACUCCCUAUGGCACCUCACAUCGGACCGGGGAGGCUGGCCUGGCGCCACCCGAAUACUCGCUGCCCUCUUGCCAGCACGUGCGGGGCAGCCUUCCCGCGCCGUGGGACCAGCCCGGGGGCACCAUGGACGUGAGCUCCGGGCCACCGGGCCUGGCCGGGACCAUGGGCCACAGUGCCCCAUACAGCACCUGCGACCCGCCCCGGCUGGCGGGCGCGUGCCUGGGUGGCAGCUUUGGGGGGGGCCCGCGUUUCCCCCCAGCCCCUGUCAAGGCCGAGCACUUCGCAACGCCCAGCCCAGCCCUGCCACCCUGCCCCACGGCCAAGCUGCCCACGCCCUACGGGCACGCCUGCUCCACGGCCAGCAGAGGCUAUGCAGGUGAGGGGGUGCCGGGUGCUCGCCGCUCCACCACGCCCACGCUGCAGGUCAAGGAGAUGAUGGUGCGAAGCUACGUGCAGUCCCAACAGGCUCUGCUGUGGGGGGAGCCACGGGGGGGCCCCAUGCCCUGCCCACCCCAGCCCUGCCCCAGCCCCCGGUACCCUGGCUACCCCCGUGGCCCAGCCCAGCCCCCCAGUGCCCAGGGCUUCCCCCCGGAGCUGGGCCCCCACCCCCCUGGGCAGCACAAGCCCCCUGCCCGCCCAACCGGCUUAGCUUACCAGUCCAGCCCGGGGUAUGAGCCCCCAGGCACCAGCCCCCGCCGCUUCCUGCGCUUGCCCCCACUGGCGGCGCCCCCUGGGGAUGCCCCCCUCAUGUGCUACCCUGGGCACGGGCCGCUCAAGGGCAGCACCCAUCCCCCCAGCUGCGGGGGCCCCGAUCCUGGCUACGGGCCGGGGUCCGAAGGCCUCAAAGACAGCCCGUGGGGGCUGGGGGCGCCGGGUGGCUCCAGCCUGGACUCGCUGGACCUGGAGAACACGCAGCUGGACUUCACCGCCAUCCUGGACGAGGCUGAGCCCGGUGGGCUGCUGCCCCCCCCCAGCCCUCCUGGUGCCCCCAACAUGGCAGUGGGUGACAUGAGCUCUAUGCUGAGCUCGCUGGCCGGGGAGAGCCAGUUCCUCAACUCUCUGUCGUGAGCUGGUCGCUGGGAGCGGAGAGAAGCCAAAGAAAAGGAAGGGAAAAGGCCAAACCCGGUGCCCGUGGCCAGGCUUCGCCCAGCCCCUGCCGCUCCUGGCGCUGUACAUAGGGCGCUCGCCUGCUGGCUUUGCCGGGCACCAUUAAAUGAAAAAGAUUUCCUCAGGGAA